AUGUAUUUAUAUCCACGUGUUGCCUUUAUUCUAGUUCUUAUUGUGCCGCCUUCGUUUUGUCGGUCUACAAGUUCAGAUUUCUCCCUGUCGGAUCAGGAGCGUGAGUCGAUACUGACUAGACUCAACGAACUGGUAUCGCAGUCCACACAGGCUCUCGAGGUGUGUCUACCUUCUGCUUCAUACAAUCGUCUUAAGGCUUUCAAGGAAGCAGCAAAACGUUCAAGCGAAGAAAUUGACAAAUACAAGUAUCUGAUUCCUAAUAGCAAGGGUUCUCAGACUCAAGAAGCCGUCCGCUUGGGGGAAUUAAAGCAACAAAAAGCUGGCGGCAAUCCCGAAGCGAGGGGGUUUACGCAGGUCAAAAGUAGCGAACCUGCCUCUCCUGAGUUCAUCAGAAACGCUCUUUAUGCCACGCAGCCAGUCAGUGGUACACCGCAAGCCACGGUAUCCGUCGACGCGCUUGAGAAUCCAAAUGAUGUGGUAAAGAACGCAACAGAAGUUGCGACAUUUAGUGAUGACGGCUCUCGAGAUUUCUUUGAGGCAUGCGGCUCUCAUAUGUUUUACACUUUGGUUCAGGAGGAGUUGUAUCGCAUGAAGCGCGAGAUGCAUUCUUUGAAUCGUUUGCAUAGUCUGAAGAAUAACGCAAAUGUAUUAAGUACAGAGAUCCGCCGCCUGAUGACCUACAAACCCGAGUCGUCAUUACAGGUACACUCGAAGCAGGCACAAAGGGUGACGUUUGUGAUGGAGAAGAGUGUUGAGGACGCAUACAAGCGUUGCGAGGACGCAGCGUGCCGGGAUGGUUCGGAAGGUGACUCGCAGAUGAAUGGAAGAAACGUCAGCCUUCCUCCCAAUCGUAUGGAGCUAGGAAGAGCUGGAUGGUUGUAUCUGCAUUCCAUGGCUGCUGACUUUCCCGAUGAGCCGAGCUCUUUGGAGAGUCUACGGGUGAAGGCGUGGUGCUAUUCGUUUGCCGAGCUAUAUCCGUGCCACAUUUGCAAAGAUGGACUCGUUGAGAUUUAUAGGAGGAUGCCUCCGGUGACUGACAGUCGGCGUAACCUGUUGUUGUGGACGCAUAAGGUGCACAACCAGGUGAAUGCUGACUUGUCGCACCCGCAUUACGAUGUAGUCUAUGAGGAGCUGCUUCGUAAAUAUGCUCCCAUUUAG